GAAUUUGUCAUUUGGUUUCUUAUAUAAUUACCAACUCUUCAGUCAAUACUUUCAGUCUUUUAAAAGCAAAUAUUAAUUCAAUUGUCAGUAAAUAACUAACAAAAAAGUUAUUUAAAAUGAAAUUUGGGUUAAUAUUAGCCCUGAUUUCGAUCGGGGUUUUGAUCGAAGCUAAAAGAGAGCCAAAGUUUGCGCCAUAUAUUGACGUCACGGCAGCGAAAGACUUCAAAUUAGUUGAUCUGAAGAAUAAAUAUGGUGUAAAAGCGGUUUCAUUGGCCUUUGCUUUGGGUGGGACUGCGGGCUGUGUGCCGAUGUGGGGCGGACAGACUCCUAUAGACGACCCAAACAUAAUCAAUGAGAUUAAGGCGUUUAGAGCGGCCGGCGGUGAUGUCAUUGUCUCCACCGGCGGUGCUUUGAAUCCCUAUUUAGAGACGUCUUGCGGUUCGCCCGCGGCGUUGGCCGCCGCUUACCAAAGAGCCCUAUCGGUGACCGGCUCUUCCCAUCUGGACAUUGACAUCGAGGCCACUGUUCCGACAGAUCUGAUGAACAAAGGCCUGUUAGCCGUUCAGAAGGCGAGGUCUGAAGUGACGGUAAGCUAUACUCUUAUGGUUCAGGGGGACGACUACGGGGUGACCGACGAACUCGGGUUCAAAGUAUUGCAAAACGCGGCCCAAAACGGCGUAAACGUCGAUAUCGUAAACCCGAUGACUAUGGAGUUCGGGACUCGACUGGCCUCGUGGGGCGACGCCGUGAUCGCCGCCGCGGAAUCCACUCACUCGCAGAUGAAGAGAGUGUGGCCGCAGAAGAGUGACCAGGAGUUGUACUCAAUGCUUGGCGUCACGCCUAUGAUUGGCCGCAAUUUUAACGGCAAAGAGUUUCUGCCGGCGCACGCAAAACAGUUGGUCGCGUGGGCUAAACAGAAACAGGUCGGACACCUGGCCUUCUGGUCGCUCAACAGAGACCGCGGCUGUCCGGGCGGUGGUGUCAGUCCGUCGUGUUCUGGCAUCGCU